AUGGAAUCAAAUGGAAGUAAUGGCAAUGAUUUGUACAUCUUCGGUGGAAUGGGUACAGUGACAGCUCUUUUUCGUCAAUUGGGUAAUCAGACAGUUCCUUUAGAAAUGAACAUUCUUAUUAAAGAUACGUGGAGUUAUAAUUUGUCUUCAAAAGAAUGGAAAUUGUUGAUGAAUAAAGACAAAAUUAAUUUAUCAGAUAAUGUAAUGCAGAGAGUAAUCGGUGUAAUCGAAGAGUUCGAGAGUCGUCUUCUGAAUACAUCUCUACCUACUUUAGUUUAUAAUGGAAAAUCAAUUUUUGUAUUUAAUAUUUUACAUUUUGUUCUGGAUGAGGCGGUUGCGAUAAUUCCUUUUGAUACGAUUCCGCAGUUUGAUUUAAAAGAAUUUACCUGGAAAAUGGUAAACACUCAUGGAGAUGAAAGUCAAGCAGUACAUUUUCCAGAAAAAAGAUUGGAUUACAAUGUAACUCAGUACAGAAAUCCACUACUAACUGGUGAUAUGAAUGCCAUUUUAACAGGGGGAUAUAGUAAGAGUAAUGGUAUAUUUAUAGAUACAUGUUCAUCUGCGGUUUAUUCAACCUGGCUUUCUGUUCCGAAAAUGUAUCAAUUUAAACCACUUGAAUUUAAUCGGCAUUUUGCGAAUAGUAUUUCACGCCCAGAAGGUAGAGUAAGCUCAACAAUUUACAGUAAUGGCAAUGAUUUGUACAUCUUCGGUGGAAUGAGUACAGUGACAGCUCUUUCUCGGCAAUUUGAUAAUCAUACAAUUUCCUUAGGAGUGAGCGUUUCUAUUAAAGACACGUGGAGUUAUAAUUUGUCUACAAAAAAAUGGAAAUUGUUGAUGAACGAAGACAAAAUUAAUUUAUCAGAUAGUCUAAUGCAUGGAAUAAUCGGCGUAAUGUAUGAAAAAAAUUUUUUGAUCAUAUGCACUUUUAACUUUAAUUUUCAAGAUAUGCCUCCAAGUUUGAAAUCCUGUUUACAUAUAUAUGAUUUAAAAAACAAAAAUGUUCUUGUUCACAAUACAAGCGGAGAAAUACCAGUACAUUCAUUAGCAGGAAAUAUGAUUCGCCAUGAAAAUUUUUUGUACACAGUACAAUUAGAUAAAUUUGGAGAAAACAACUUUACUGUCUAUCAGCUAAACACCAACACUCAAGUAUGGAAAAUUGUGUAUAAAAGCCAAGAGUUCGAGAGUCGUCUUCUGAAUACAUCUCAACCUACCUUAGUUUACAAUGGAAAAUCAAUUUUUGUAUUUGGUGCACAUUUUGUCCUGGAUGAGUCGAUUGCGAUAAUUCCUUUAAAUAGAAUUGCGGUGUUUGAUUUAAAAGAAUUUACCUGGAAAAUGGUAAACAUUCAUGGAGAUGAAAGUCAAGCAGUAAAUUUUCCAGAAAAAAGAUUGGAGUAUAAUGUAGCUCAGUACAGAAACCCACUAACUGGUGAUAUGAAUGUCAUUUUAACAGGGGGAUAUAGUCAGAGUAAUAGUAUUUAUAGUGAUGUAUGGAAACUAAAUCUCACAAGUUUCAAAUGGAAAUACUUAGGAUUGAUGCCGCCUGAAAUAGGUGAUAAACAUUCUACGACCGUUUCACCUUUUGGUCAGUUAAUUAUCUUUGGAGGAGUAAUAAAAAACUCGAACGGCGUAGAUACAUGUUCAUCUGCGAUUUAUUCAACCUGGCUUUCUGUUCCGAAGUUGCAAGAUAUUUGUUGGCUGGCUGUUCUCCACUAUUAUCCGAAUUUAGCUUCAAAAACUAAAGAAGAAGUAAUGUCACUUGGAAUUUCAUGGGAAAGGAUUGCGGUGUUUGAUUUAAAAGAAUUUACCUGGAAAAUGGAAAACAUUGAUGGAGAUGAAAGUCAAGCAGUACAUUUUCCAGAAAAAAGAUUGGAUUAUGAUGUAGCUCAGUACAGGAACCGACUAACUGGUGAUAUGAAUGUCAUUAUAACAGGAGGAUAUUAUAAGAGCAAUGUUAUUUAUAGUGAUAUAUGGGAACUAAAUCUCACAAGUUUCAAAUGGAAAUACUUAGGAUUGAUGCCGCCUGGAUGA